AUUCAGAAAAUACAUCAUCUUCAUCUUCCAGUAACACCACCAUUUUGAACAACAUGCUUGCCAGAGAAAUUCUACAGAGACAGGCGUUAGAAAACAGGGUAGCAACGCUAGAGAGACAAAUCACAGUGCUGAUCAGUGACGACAUGGACGGCCAAAGAGCAUGCUCGGCGUUACAGCGUGACGUACAGGGAAUCUCACUCAAACAAAACAACAUGGCGUCGUCCCUGCAGACGAUUACCCAGCGUGUGGAUUCCGAGAAUGCCAAUAUGAGGGAGAGCUUAAGAAACUUGUCUGACAUUACUAGCAAAUUACUAAGCAAGGACAGUCAAUUGUCUAAAACCCACAUAGCAUUUCUAGCCAGAAUCACUGACAGAUUACCUGGCCCCACUCAAACAGAGAAAACACUCAAGUUUGAUUCCGCUGAAUUCAAUUACGGCCACGCAUAUGAUGCCAGCUCAGGAACAUUCCAAGCUCCGAUGGCUGGAUUGUACAACUUCCAGACUACCGUCUACAUAUUGUCAGGAACUUUUGAAGGUUUUAUCUCAAAAAAUGGUGUCCCAGAGGUGUACCUGUCUGUGAGGGGGAUUCCCUACCAAGUAUCUGACUCUGUCUCUCUAACACUGAGUCUAAGUCAUGGUGACCGGAUAUGGCUGGUCAGAACAGACCAAGGGAGGUCAAAUGUAGCACCCAGAAAAAGCCUUUUCUCAGGAUAUUUGAUUAGAGCAACUUGAAAUAAAUUAUAUACAAAUAAAAACUGACUAUUCAUAUCAACUUUUGUUUCCCUCUAACUUUGAAAAAU